GAAUGCUUGGGUGGACGAUCGCUAAUCCUGUGAUACCAUCCUUCUCCUUCGGCCAGGCAGCCAGAUUGAUAACCAAAGUAUUCAUUGGACAGAUGGCUGAUUCGGAAAGAAGUUUGAGCGCUUCUGUCAUUCGGAUGUUGGUCCAGCUAGGCAGCAAGUACCGAGCUGCAGCAGAUCACGCGGUCUACGAAUGGGAGGAUGAGGAAAGAGAGCUGACGGAGGAUGACCAGAACAAGAAGAUGGAAGUGUUCGACAAACUCCACUCGAGCCUCCUGCCAGCCAUCAACCACCAUCUCAGUUGCCUCGUGACUUCCCUCGACCUUGUAGAACACUAUCCCAGGAAGUUUCCUUCUCCAAAGCUCGGGUUAACUUUGGAGACCUUAUCAAGUUUGGAGCGCACCUUGGAUCAAAUCAUUGUCGACUUUGCUAUCCUCAAGACACCCCUACCAACUGUCCCCCACGACCAUCCCCAGGAUCGGUACAAAUGCUUCAGAUCUGAUCGACUGAUCGCAAACAUCACCGACCUAAUACAAGGUCCCAUCCAUUCGACAUUAUUGGAUUCCAACUAUUUCAUCCGACUAUGGGAGCUCUCAACCACUGACCCAGACAGAACUGCAUUUCAAAUCAGCAUACCCCAAGCCGUACAGACUGUGCUUGAGGAGAUAACUGAAUCGACUCAGUUAGUCAAUAAAAUCCUCCGAUUCUCUCAAAUAUCCGACUUGGAUAUUCUUCAAGAAUGGUGGCAAGAGAACGUCGAUUCACUAGAUGGCACGAUCCAGGCUCUCACCCAUAUCACUCAUUCCGCACUAGGUCAACAAAGGCCACUUAGUGCUAUCAGAACGAAUCUGCUCAAAGAGUUUCAAACGGAUAUCACAUUCCUCAAAUUACUCAGAACGUUAUAUGAUAAAGUCUCGAAAUCGGCCACGAAAAAACUAGCGUACAGACUGGAUCCUCAGACCGAUUCGAAGGCCUUAUCCACGAUGUACCUUGAUGCAGAUUGGAUGAAUGGCUCGCUUUCUCUUCGCAUGAGCUUCAUGUUUGAUCUUUUUAAGAAUGAUGAACCGCAUGGAGAUAUAGAUCGAAGACAGAAUGACAUGAGCCAGAUGUCAAGACACGUUGAUUCUAUGCUACUCCACAUAGCUCUAUAUCUUACCCCUCUACCUACUGCAAUCGACCAUACUUCACCCGAAAGUGACUUCAAGGCUUGGUUAAUUAUGUGGCAAGUGCUUUGGCACACCGUAAUCACUCGGUACUAGAAGGUUCUGUCCCACCCCGAUCACUGGUUUGGCCAAUCGAUACCUUAAAUCAGAGCCGAAAGAGCAAACAAGCUCGAGGCUUGUCCCAUGGACACGAGCCGUAAUCAAUAAUCACAUUCUUGUCAUACUCUAUCAAACACAACUUAAAAAUUGUGUUUUACAUUACCCGAAAUAUAUCUGCUGUUAUUUUCUUGAUUGCUUUCAUCCUCAAUGCCCAAACAUUGGCCACCAGAAGGCAUUUAUAAACAACAACACAGGAUAUUGGAUGAGCUGUAUUCUUGUCUAAUUAAAACACAUAAACACAUGGAAAGGUUUGCUCUUGU